AUUCUGCCGCGUUUUCUGUGUUAUUAUUUUGAUCAUUAUUUCGCAAAACACAACAAUUCGAAUUUAUUUGCUCGAGAUUUGUUUUUUUAUAUGUACGUAGAUUUUGUUAAUUAAUAAUAAUAUUGCAAUGGAAGAAAGGAAGUAUUUAAAACGAAAAGAAAAGGCAUUUAAUGAAGGAAACCGAGAACAGUUGGCCAUAGCUUGUAAUAAUUUGGGCGAUUUUUAUAAUCAGCAAGGGCGUUAUCAAAAUGCUGUCAAGGAAUACCAAGAAGAGGCGAACAUUUAUGCAAGAAUGGGCAAGAAACUGGAAACGGCCAAAGCCCACCGAAUGGUGGGUGAAAUGUACAUGUUGCUAUGCGAAUUCGAUAACGGCAAAGAACAUAUUAAUGAUUAUUUAAAAAUUGCUAAGAAACUACAAAAUAAAGUGGAAGAACAGCGGGCAUAUACAACAUUGGGCAGGGCCCAUCUAUUACAUGGACAAGCUCUUGCUGAUACUUCUGCCUCUAGUGCCAUGACACAAUUGAAACAUGCUGAAAAGGCAUUUCUCAAAAGUCUUUUGCUUACAAAAGAAUUAACAGGUCAAAUUUCAAAAUUGGAACAGCUCGACAUGCAAGCGCGUUGUUAUCUUAAUAUUGGCGUAGUUAAAGAGCACAUGGAAGAGUUUGAUGAAGCAAUUUCUUAUAUGGAAAAAGCUAUAAAAAUAAGCAAAUCCCACGAUAUAUUUGAGCUGACCCAUAUGUGUUAUGUUUCUAUGAGUUUAAUGUACCACAGCAAAAGGAACGAUGCUACCUUGGCUUUACGUUAUUGCAACAUGGCAUUGGAUGUUGCCAAACGCUUCAGUCAGAAAGUAAAAAAAAUCUGCGAAACCCUUAUUAUAAAAUCGGAAAUUCUCGUUAAAGCUGGAGACUUUGCUAGCGCCAAACAGAUUUUGACAAAGGCUUACAAGAAAAAUACACCUGAUGAAAAUGAUCGGACAACGAUUGAAAAGACUUUAAGAAUUGUCGUAAAAAUUUGCCAAAUUCUAGAUGAACUUAUUACAACAAGUUCAAUAGAUUAUUCUAAACGUAAAGCGCUUUAUGAAAAAUUAGGUGAUGGUUGUUGCCAUUUGGGCAACUACACGAAAGCUCUAGAAUAUUACCGGAAAAUGUUGGAAUGUGCCCAAUUGAAUAAGGAACCACCAAAAUCCCUGAUACCGAUUUAUGUGAGUCUCUAUCAAACUUAUAAGGACAACAAAGAAUACGAUCACGCACUUGAGUUUCUCUGGAAAGAAUACGAACUAAAUAAAGAUGUCCACAGCGAGGCAUUUUCAACAUUAUGCAGUAUUGCUGAAAUUUGUGAACUGCAAAUGCAAUCUUUUUGGACAAUUCAAGAUAUCUAUCAAAAAGCUAAAGAUCAUGCUUCUAAAGCUGGAGAUGUUAGGACAAAACUAGAGAAAAUUGCGUACGCAAGAUUGAGAAAAUUGCAAAUUAAGCAUAAUAUGAAUGUUUUGGCGGAGGAAAUGGCACAGGAAGCAACAAGUAAAGGGAUCGAUUUAAAUUCCCUAGACGAUGAUAGUGAUACUGAAUCAGAUGGAACGGCAAUGAAUGAAAAUAAUACACCAGAUUUAGGUGAAGAUAUAUGUUUAGAUGAUCUUACUGAUUCGGAUACAAGUGAUUUGGAUGAAACUGAAAAACCAAGACCACAUCGUGCUACCCGAGGCACACGUUCAUUGACCAUUAAACGUAACAACAAGGGUGAAACACAAUUGCAUCAGGCAUGCAUUGCUGGAAACAUCGAAUUAGUUAGAAGGCUAAUUGACCAGGGUCACGUUGUUAAUGUUCGAGAUCAUGCGGGAUGGUUGCCGCUACACGAAGCCAGCAAUCAUGGAUUUCGCGAUAUUGUUCAAUUAUUGUUAGAUCGAGGAGCUGCUGUUGCCAUUAACGAUAAAGGAGGUACGAGUUGCGAUGGCAUAACGCCGCUUUACGAUGCAUGUUCAAAUGGUUACCUUGAUGUAGUUGAACUUUUGUUGGAACGUGGUGCAGAUGCCACUGUGAAGACAGAUUAUGGCGAGACCUGUUUAAGUGGUUUGGAUAAAUGGCGUAGUACUGCGACAUUGACUGAAGGUGAACAAGUCGAAUAUGAACAAAUAAGAGCUCGUCUAAUAAAAACGCUUUCAAAAGUGGGAAUAUGCCAGUCUCAAACUAGUAAACCCUUGACAAAUGCAAAUAUGGAAACCAAAAGAAAACCACAGGCACAUUCUAAAGAAACCAGCUCUCUAAUUGAUGAACUGGAAAGUGAGAUAGAAGAAAUGGAUGAAGCUGAAAAUAUACGACCAUCUACUUCUCGAUUAAAUCGUUCAAAAGAUAAAACUAAAACUCGUUCUCCGGCGAGUGCCAGUGUUGAGUAUAAAAAUGCCAUUGAGCAAUUGAAACAUCCCCAUCAUCGUAAUGCAAUAAUGGAUAGCGAUAGUGAUUCUUAUACCACUAGCGAAAGUGGAAAAAAUAAACGUUCGGCCUAUCUUGAUGCAGAAGAAAUUGACGAAGACUCUUGGCUGAUCGAUGAUUUAGGACCAGAAAGAAAAAAACGACGAUACCAAACAACUCCAACAAAAAAUCCUCGUCCCAUGUCUUCCGUUUCCAAGACACAUUACAAGUCGCCGGCUAAAGAUCUUACACAACAUUCCAUAGACUCGGGCAAUACCACAUGGCUCAGAGAUUCUUUGACACCUGAAACUGAUGCUUUUCAAGUGCUAUUAGAUGCAGCAACUGGAACAACAUCACAACAACGACAGAAACAAGCCAAAAAGCUUAGUCUAUCGCGAUCGUCAAGUAUUAGCAGCAAUGCAAGUAUUGCAACAAGUUCACAACGACAAAAGUCAAAACACCAGUCAUCCCUUCUGGAAAGUGGUUUUUGUCGUUUUCGAAGUGAAAGUCCAUUGAUUACUAGUGAUGAUUCAAAUGAUGCACUGACGGCUGUCAAUGUGCGUACAACAGAACCUGACUCCACAACAACUUCAAUACAACUUUUAAUUUCACCUUCUAAAUCCUCACCGAUUAAAGUACAAACCACACCGCUUGCACUUCCGACUACAGUUUCAUUUAAGGUGAAAGUAGAAGAGGAGCUUCUGUUGGUACCCGUAGAUAGAAAAAAGCUUUCUGACAUAAAUAUACGCUGGCUAGCGGAAGAAGCAUCCAGAAGAUAUUACAAUUUGGUUGGCUUAAAGCCUUUAUUACGUCUGAAAACUGCAGAUGGCUUUGCUUAUGAGGAAAAUGAUCCUGUUAACGUGGCUUUAGAACAAAACAUGAUUUUAGCAACAGUAUUGGAAUGGCAAAUCUCACCAUUGGGACAACGCUAUGAAGAGAUGUGUAUACAAUUACAUAAAGCUGUUAACAGUGACGUGCAAGAUGUUUUGCAGCGGGCCCAAAUUUCCAAUUCUAUAUAUUUAACUGACUAUUGGUUAACACCUUUGCAAAUCGAACCUAUUUUCAAAGCGAUAUUACAUCAAACAAAUCUAAGGAUUUUAGAUCUAAGCAAUAAUUUUAUACAAAACGAAGGUUGUCGUCUUUUGGCCAAGUCCCUGCCUACGUUAAAGCAACUGAAAGCUUUAAAUUUAAAAGGAAAUUUCAUAACUGCAGAUGGCUUGGAAUCAUUGCUUUUUUGUCCGGGCAUUGAGAAACUUUGUGAAAUAGAGGAAUUGGUAUUAAGUCAAAAUCCCUUGGGUAACACAUCUCUACGUAUGCUCGAUCGUUUUUGCAAUAGUGCAUCCGGAAAAUCUUUACAAAAACUACACAUAUCACAGUGUAAUUUAACACAAUUAUAUGAUUACGAUUUAGCUUUCUAUCAGUUGAUAGAUUUCGAUAUAAGUUUCAAUCAAUUAAAUGAUGACUCUAUUCGUAAGCUAUUGUCAAAACUUAAUUCUUGUCGUUUACAAACGUUGAAUUUAAGUUACAUUAAAGUGGAACAAUCAGAUGACGAUCGAUUAAAUUCACUGUUGGCCGACAAAUUGGCAGAAUUCUUUGAAAGCGGUACAUGUGAGAAAUUCAAAAAUAUUGAUUUAGUCGGUUGUCAAUUAAGUGAUGUGAAUAUUUAUAAAAUUGUCCAAUGCCUUAGUAGAGCCAAUGAUUUAGAACUUUUUAAUAUAUCGAACAAUGUCCGUUUAUCUAGUUCAUCAUUACAUUUUAUUCUCGAUAAGCUGCCUCAAUUGCGUAAACUAGUUGCAAUAAACUGCACAAAUUUAAUCGAAGCUGAUAAAGUUGAACGUCUAGAGAAUUCAAAACAGAUUCCAAAUUUUAUAUCUAUAACAUUAUCAAGCUGUGAUCUGUCAAUGUCAUGUCUUAAUGAUAAACUAUGUCAAUUAUGGCAAGUACACUGGGGUGAUAGAGGUAAGAUUAAGUCGUUUGAUAAUAAUUUAAUUUUGUAUACAAAUGAUAAAGAUUUAAGUGAUAUUUAAUAAAAUGUUUACGAUUUAUUAUUAAAAUCAAAAA